CAGCCUGCUUCCUUUGCUCCCCUACACACACACUCUCUCUCUUCAAAGAAGGUGAAGAAGCAGAGGGCAGUGUUUAGUUGGUUACUUAUUCUCUCUGCAAGAAAAAAAAAAACUCAUAUAUUUCACCUACAUUUUCCCUCCAAAAUCAAUGGCAUCUUCUGCAUUUGUUCUCCUGUGUUUUUUCACCUUAUUUCUCCUCUGCAAUGGCUACCCUUUUCACCAUAACAACCCUCACAAAAGCUUUCACCGCCAUUCUCGCUUAGCUUCUCACAAUUACAGAGAUGCCCUCACUAAAUCUAUCCUCUUUUUUGAAGGCCAAAGGUCUGGUAAACUCCCUCCUAACCAAAGAGUGUCUUGGAGGAAAGACUCUGGUCUCACUGAUGGUGCAGAUUUACAUGUGGAUUUAGUAGGAGGGUACUAUGAUGCAGGGGACAAUGUAAAGUUUGGAUUUCCAAUGGCAUUUACCACAACAAUGUUAUCAUGGAGUGUGAUUGAAUUUGGGGGGCUUAUGAGAGAAGAACUUCAACAUGCCAAACAAGCUGUCCGUUGGGGUACUGAUUAUCUUCUAAAAGCCACAGCACAUCCAGACACCAUCUAUGUUCAGGUUGGAGAUGCAAAGAAAGACCAUGCUUGUUGGGAAAGACCAGAAGACAUGGACACACCAAGGAGUGUUUUCAAGGUUGAUAGAAAUAAUCCUGGAAGUGAGGUUGCUGCUGAGACUGCUGCGGCGCUUGCUGCUGCUUCUAUGGUGUUUAGGAGGAGUGACCGUGCUUAUUCUAGGCUCCUCAUUAGUCGUGCCACUAGGGUGUUUGAGUUUGCUGAUAAGUACAGAGGGUCUUAUAGUGAUGGGCUCAAGAGCUAUGUUUGUCCCUUCUACUGCUCUUACUCUGGUUAUCAGGAUGAGCUAUUGUGGGGGGCAGCUUGGCUGCAUAGAGCAACGAGGAACCCAAUGUACCUAAACUACAUUCAAAGAAAUGGGCAAGUGCUUGGUGCUAGUGAGGAAGAUAACACUUUUGGUUGGGAUAACAAGCAUGUUGGUGCUAGAAUUCUUCUCUCUAAGUCCUUCCUUGUUCAAAAAAUGCAAGCACUUCAUGAGUACAAAAGCCAUUCUGAUAAUUUCAUAUGUUCACUCAUCCCUGGUGCACCUUUCUCUACAGCUCAAUACACCCCAGGGGGACUUUUGUUCAAGAUGGAUGAUGACAACAUGCAAUAUGUGACCUCAACUUCAUUCCUUCUCUUAACUUAUGCCAAAUACCUUAAGCGUUCUAGCAUGACUGUCUCUUGUCGUGGUACUAUUAUCACCUCCAGGACACUCAGAACUAUUGCCAAAAAACAGGUUGAUUACUUACUGGGGUCCAACCCAAAGAAGAUGUCGUACAUGGUAGGAUACAGUCCAAGAUACCCACAAAGAAUCCAUCACAGGGGUGCAUCUCUACCGUCCAUUUCUUCACACCCACAAAAGAUCCAAUGCUCAGCAGGCUUUGAUUUUAUGAACUCACAAUCACCCAACCCCAAUGUUCAUAUAGGUGCUAUUGUUGGUGGGCCCGACCUUCAUGAUAUGUUCCCUGAUCUACGGUCCGAUUACGAGCAAUCAGAACCAUCUACGUAUAUCAAUGCUCCUCUUGUGGGGUCUUUGGCUUACUUGGCACACUCUUUUGGCCAACUCUAAAGUAUCCCAACUAUUUAAGAACUUUGUUUUUGCGUUAUUUCCCCUAAUGAAAUUAUGUAAGUGUAAUUAGUGGGCUAGGAUUGAGGCCUAAAAGCCGGAGCCCCUUGAGAGUCACAACUCAAAAGAGUGGUUCUUUUUUUUUUUUUUUUUGCUUAUAUAAAUUAAUUACUAUAGUAUUGUACUACAACAGGUUUAAGCUUCUAAGGAGUUGUGUUUUUAGUGUACUCCUAAUUUAUCGAAAAAUAUUUGUUGUUUUCGUGUCA